AUGCAAAUGAUGAAGGAACGGAUGAACUUUAUGAUGAAUGCCCUUAAAGGACGGGUGUCUACUAACCUCGAUGAUUUGGUCCAUCGAACUAAUUCGCCAUUCACAAUGUCCGUCACUUCAUUCUCCCUUCCACCGAAGUUUCACAUGCCGCAGGUGGAAAACUACGACAGAUCCAAGGACCCUUUAGAUCACUUGGAGUCUUUCAAGACCCUGAUGCACCUUCAAAGGGUGCUAGACGAGAUCAUGUGCAGAGCUUUCCCCAUCACGCUGAAAGGAUCCACAAGGAUCUGGUUCAGCAGGCUGAUGCCUAACUCCAUUGGAACCAUCAAGGAGUUAAGCGUCCAGUUCGCUUCACACUUCAUCAGAGGGCACAAGUACAAGAAGUCCACUGCAUGCCUGAUGAAUAUUAAGCAGCGGGAGGACAAGACGCUGAGGUCCUACAUCACCUGCUUUAACAAAGAGACCCUCUCAAUCGAUGAAACAAACGACAAAAUACUCAUGGUUGCCUUCACAAAUGGAUUACGGAAGGGGAAGCUCACAAGCUUCACCCCGUUAACUGCCCCGAUCGACCAAGUUCUGAUGCAAAUUAAGGAUGAAGGAGCCUUGACCUUUCCUGGUAAGCUGAAAGGAGAUCCUAACAAGAGGUCUAGGGAUAGGUACUGCCAUUUUCACCGCGAUCACGACCAUGAUAUAGCUGAUUGUUACGACUUAAAGCAGCAAAUCGAAGCUCUUAUCAAGCAAAGGAAGCUGCAAAGGUUCGUCAGUAAGGAAAGAGCGGACCCACUACAAGAACAGGCUCCUCGACGAGAAAAUGAGCGUCCUAGACUGCCCUUAGGUGACAUAAGAAUGAUUGUAGGGGGUACAGCGACUACCGGGUUAUCUAAAAAGGCCCGUAAGACCUACCUGAGGAUGGUCCACAACAUCCAACUGACAGGUUUCGUGCCAAAGAUACUGCGGAUCGACAACCCCGUCAUCGAAUUCUCGGAAGAAGAUGCCCGACGUCUCCACCACUCCCACGACGAUGCACUGGUCAUCAGCAUACGAGUGGGGGAUUAUAAUACACAUCGGGUUUUGGUUGACAAUGGUAGUUUAGUUGACAUCCUUUACUACCCAGCAUUUCAACAGAUGAUGAUUGACAGAGAGCGACUAGUUCCGAUGAACGCACUGCUCGUUGGUUUCGGAGGAAGAAGGGUACACCCCCUUGGCGCAGUCACAUUAUCCGUAAUGGUGGGCGACGACCCCAGUAGAUCACUAAGGACGUAA